ACGUCUAGUUCGCUAUUACAGAUUCAAGGGCAAAAGGGGUACUGUCCUUUACCUACACACAUAGGUAUAGUCGAUUAACUCCAAAUUGCUUUGACGUCUCUAAAACCCAGUCAAAAUAAACCUAUUUAUAGUUUGUACUUAGAAUUUCUCGAAGCAAUUCACGCGUGACAUCUCACACGUCACCGAUAUGAAUAUUUAUAAGCUAUCCCUAUAUAACCCCCGACGGGACUCGACUGGCAUUAGACUAUAACUAUUUAGUUCAUAAUGCAGGCUGUUCUGCUGCUAGUGAUUUUAAGCGUGGUGGGCCAGUCAAUGCAGGAGGAGGGACAGAAGUUAUGCGGUCGGAAUCUGGCGAUCACACUCGCUGCGCUGUGCAGGGCCCAAAGGGAAAAGCAGCUAGGCUACAUGACGUCACUCAAGAGGUCUCGCUACAACUCCAUCGUACCGUACUACGCGGCUUACUGGCUGGAGCCGACAAGCGCGCUCCGGCUCGGACGCGCCAAGAGAGAUGGCAUCGUCGAGGAAUGUUGCAACAAAGCUUGUUCCGUUGACGAGCUAGUUGCGUAUUGCCCCACACAGUGAUUUCUUUUUGAAAAUUUGAUUUAAAAUUAAUGUUAUGAUUUUUGCUGAUUGUAAAUUUU